AUGGCGCAGACAAAAGAAGAACAGUUGAAGCAGGCUUACGCUGCCACCAUGCAGCGUCUCGAGCGCAUUCGCAACCAUCUCGACAAGCGUCCCCGUUCCGGUCGUCUUUCGGGCAAGGUCGCCAUCAUUACCGGUUGCGGUAGUCUUUCAGGUAUCGGUCGGGCCACGGCGAUGCAAUUCGCGCACGAAGGAGUCAAACACAUCUACGUCUGUGACAUUGACGACGAAAACCUCCCUUCCCUCAAAGAAGACAUCACUAAACGCUACCCUGAGGUCAAAUGCACCGCCAUCGCCUCCGACGCAGCUGACGAAGCCUCAGUCACAUCCAUCAUCGACCAAGCCAUCUCCGACAACGGUCAUCUCGACAUUUUCUUCGCAAACGCUGCUCGUGCCACUGGCGCACCCAUCUCUGCUACCGAUGUAGAGGACUUGGAAAGAACCCACCACAUCAACGUCACAUCUUGCUUCCUCGCUUGCAAAUACGCUUCUGCCGCUAUGGCAAAGGCUGGCGGCUCGAAAACCGAGUCUAGCGGAUCGAUCAUUCUCACUGCCUCGGUUGCUGGGUUGCGAUCUGGUGCGGGUAGCGUAGACUACUCAGCAUCUAAGGCUGCGGUGAUUAGUUUGGCUCAGACUACCGCUUGGCAGCUGCAGCGCAGCAAUAUUAGGGUUAAUGCUGUUUGUCCCGGUCUUAUUGAGACUGGCAUGACGCUGCCAACCUUCGAGAUGGCUAGGGAGAGAGGUACUGCAGGUAAAAUCGGUCAGCUCAACCCUACUGCGAGGUACGGUGUAGCACAGGAGAUCGCUAACGCUGUGACAUUCUUGGCUUCGGAUGAGGCUUCGUAUGUUAAUGGUGUGGCGCUGCCGGUGGAUGGUGGUUUGCAGGCGAGUUUACCUGUUGUUCCUGGCAAGUUCCACUAA